AUGAGUGCCCUUGACGGUGUCCCUUUCAAGGUACCCAACGGCUUUCUGACCAGCACAGAGCUUCUUCCUGGGCCAGAACUCAGUGUCCCAGCCUGCAGGGAGCUUCUGCUGGGUUCUAUGUUUCUCAGCUACCUUAGUGCCUGUGAUCGGCUGCUGCGGCAGGGCUACGAGGAGGGCCUGGUGGAGGAGGCCAUGGAGAUGUUCCAGUUCUCUGAGAGCCAGGCAGGGGAGUUUCUGCGCCUCUGGGAACAGUUCAGCGACAUGGGCUUCCAGCAGGACCGGAUCAAGGAGGUGCUGCUGGUCCAUGGCAACCGCCGCGAGCAAGCCCUGGAGGAGCUGGUGGCCUGUGCCCAGUGACCACUGGGGCACUCUGCAAUGCCCAGCAUCCCAGACCUGUGCUAAACCUGGCAAUCCAAGUCUACAAAGCAAUGCAUGCCUGUUGUAAAAAUGCAACAAUACCAAGGGUGGGAGCAAAUACAAUAGGGGAGGCAAAACUUCACCCAUCUUGGGAUUUCAGCUAGACCAAUUAAUAAGAGAAAAACAGUUUAUUAAUAUAUACAGCACACAUUAUGUGGGAGAACCCUCCGUGAAAAGUAGCUGAAAGCAGGGGUUUAGAACUCUGGCUUGUGUAGCAUCAACAAAGAACACAUUUGUAUAGGAAUAACAAGACAAAGGAAAUCAGUUUUAGGCUUCCAAAAAUGACAAACUAGGAAGGUAAAUAAUGGGAGGGAACUAAUGGAGUACGGCUCACUUGCGGUAUCUCCGGAAGGAUAAGAAUCAAUCUCAAGAAAAGGAGAAUUUAUAUCCUGCCUUUAGACAGAAAAGAGAGAGGGGGAAGAAAAGCUCUUCCUGCAUUUGCUGCUUCUUAAUUGCCUUCAGCUCGAAAUAACAUUUUUAUGUCAAAGAAACAUAUUUUGGGUGACAUUCUGGCUUCCUUCAAUACCCAAAGAAUCAGCUAAGAGUUGAAAGUGGGGAGGGGGAGAUGGCAGGGUGUGGAUAAGGAGCUGUGUUUUCUCACACAAACCUUGUAAAACUUCUUUUAUUUGAUCCUUUAAAUUGUGUGCUUUGAUUUAAAAAAA